AGCCGGAAGGGGCGGGGCUGAGGCAGCGGCGGCUGAAGCGGCAGCGGUGGCGGCGGCUCUGGAGGCCGCAGUCCGCGUCCCGGCUUCGGCCCGUGCCGCACCAUGGUGACGCUCGCAGAGCUGCUGGUGCUGCUGGCCGCGCUGCUGGCCACGGCCUCGGGCUACUUUGUCAGCAUCGACGCGCACGCCGAGGAGUGUUUCUUCGAGCGGGUCACCUCCGGCACCAAGAUGGGCCUCAUCUUCGAAGUGGCGGAGGGCGGCUUCCUGGACAUCGACGUGGAGAUCACAGGACCAGAUAAUAAAGGAAUCUACAAAGGAGACCGAGAGUCCAGUGGGAAGUACACAUUUGCGGCCCACAUGGACGGGACGUAUAAGUUCUGCUUUAGUAAUAGGAUGUCCACUAUGACUCCAAAGAUAGUAAUGUUCACCAUUGACAUUGGGGAGGCUCCCAAAGGACAGGACAUGGAGACAGAAGCUCAUCAGAACAAGCUAGAGGAAAUGAUCAAUGAGCUGGCAGUGGCGAUGACAGCCGUAAAGCACGAGCAGGAGUACAUGGAGGUCCGGGAGAGGAUACACAGAGCCAUCAACGACAACACAAACAGCAGAGUGGUCCUCUGGUCCUUCUUUGAAGCUCUUGUUCUAGUUGCCAUGACAUUGGGACAGAUCUACUACCUGAAGAGAUUUUUUGAAGUCCGAAGGGUUGUUUAAAAGGCCUUUUUCUGUUGAUCCCAAAUUCACGAUUUGUUUACCAAACACCUUGGUCAUAAUAAUGUCAUUAGUUUAUACAUUUUUAUUUUCUGAACGUUCAUGACUUCUAUUUCUUUCUGAUUAGUAGGUGUUGGGGAAAACCUGUUUAAGAGAGUUAGAGUGAAAAUUUGACAUUUGAUUGGCCUAUAAUUCUUACUUGAAAGCAACCCCAUUAUACAGGUCCUUCCAAGAAUCUAGAGGCUGUUAAUGCUGUAUGGGACUAUGGUCUUUAUGUUUUUACCUUUGGUUUUCAUACUACAAUGCAGUCUGUCCAGGAAGUAGCCCACAGCCUGGCAAUACUUGUUCACUCACUGCAUUCUUUUUUUUUUUUUUUUUUUUAAUAUUUCACUCACUGCAUUCUAGUAGUCCCUUGGCUGUGGGUCACCCUCAGAGGCUCAUUUUGUUAUUACAGCAACAGCCAUCUGAAUCUUGACCCUUGUGGCCCGCCUCAGAGUGGAGAGACCUGACGGGGCUUCUUACCAGGGUGGGCACUCAUACUUUAUCUUGAGUUUGAUUUAAAGACUCAUCGCAACACUUCCCUUAAAGUUUUAUAUUGAACCUUAGAACUGAAUCACCUCUAAUUGAAUUGACACAAGCAGCCAAUAGCUUAGCCGUCUGUUGAAUCCAGUUUCCCAGGUGUUGGAACAAGACUGCUGUCCCUGUGUGCUGCGUAGUCAGUCCAUUGUCGGCACUUAGGAAGAUGGAGUUCCUCACGUGGAAGCCUGCACUUCUCAAGCCUCUGGGAUUGCUUGCAGUGAUAGGCAGCCACUGUCCGCCUUUUAGUCAGUGGCCUUUGGGCCCUGGCCUUCGGUGUCAGCACUAGGGUUUGUUUGUCUUCUGGGGUCUUUCUUUUUUGGCACAUGUUAGUUUUGUUUAUAUAAAAUGAAGAGACUCUCUCUGAUGAUGGAUUUAAUGAAAGGCGCUCUGCUUUGGGUGUGGGCGGUCAGGAUUAUGUGGUGACUAAUGUCUGUUAGUUACCUGGAUAUUUUAUUUUUCUUUUUGGAUCUUGCAAGGGGAAAACUACAAGUAACAAGUUUUAUAAAUUUAAUUUAAAUUUGUUACAGGUUUUCAUGUUCAGGACAAAUAAUUUUUCAACCUUUGAUGAUAUCCUUGCAACAGUUUGUUGAUAAGGUGACUCUUUCACCCAGGGCAGCUGUUGCAUGCCAAUUUUUUUUUGUGUGUGUGUGUGUGAAAACACUUCAGAAUUGAAUUAAAAGAUGUAAAUUUAAAAUUGGUUGUGUAUCUAAUAUGCCCCAGGUUCAGUAAAUAAACAAUUCUUUUUAAAAACA